UUGUGCGGCCGGGCCGGGCGGAGGAGCCGAGGGGCGGAGGGGCGGGCGGACCGACCCCUCCUCAUUGUGCGGCCGCGCCGCUGCGCCCGCGGGAGCUCCCCGGGGCCGCGCCGGGCCGGGCCGGGCCGCCGAGCAGCGCGCAGAGAGAGAGGUGAGAGCCGGGAGGGCACCGGGGGAUGAUCCGCGGGUGCGGGCACCGGGAGGAUGCUCCGGUGCGGGCACAGGCUCUGCAUUGACGUCACAAUGACACGGUGAAGCUGAAGGCAGGAGCUGGAACAGUUCUUCUGCUUCUCCUCUGGUCUCUGAGUGAUUUUGCUGUCCCUGCCUUCCCUCCAGCAUGGCCAAGAGUGCAGAAGUGAAGCUGGCGAUCUUCGGCCGGGCUGGCGUGGGCAAGUCAGCUCUCGUGGUGCGCUUCCUGACCAAGAGGUUCAUCUGGGAGUACGACCCCACACUGGAGUCGACAUACCGUCACCAAGCUACCAUUGAUGAUGAAGUGGUUUCCAUGGAGAUACUAGACACAGCUGGCCAGGAGGACGCCAUUCAGAAAGAGGGACACGUGCGAUGGGGCGAGGGCUUUGUGCUGGUCUACGACAUCACGGACAGAGGCAGCUUUGAGGAGAUGCUGCCGCUCAAGAACUUGCUGGACGAAGUCAAAAAGCCCAAAAACGUCACCCUGAUCCUGGUGGGGAACAAAGCAGACUUGGAUCACUCCAGGCAAGUCAGCACAGAGGAAGGCGAGAAGCUGGCCACGGAGCUUGCCUGUGCUUUUUACGAGUGCUCAGCCUGCACGGGAGAGGGGAACAUCGUGGAGGCCUUCUACGAGCUCUGCCGGGAGGUGCGGCGCCGCAAGAUGGUCCAGGGCAAGACCCGCAGGAGAAGCUCCACCACCCACGUCAAGCAGGCCAUCAAUAAGAUGCUCACCAAAAUCAGCAGCUAAAAGGGAGCUGAGCCAGGGAGGAGUUUUAGGGAGUAUUAGCUCGGAGUAGGGGUGGGGCAAGCAGGGUGUGUUUAAUGAGAAACGUUCAAAUCCUCGCAAUGAAAAAAACCAAAAAGACAAACGCCGCCACUUUUUUGAGUAACGCGGGAUCGUACUGUUUUCCUGUUUUGAAAUGUAUUUAGCCACACUGCUUCUGACUAAUGUGGGGAGAAAAAAACCACC